AAAAAAAAAAGAAGGCCAUUAAAAAAAGAGGAAAGACAAAUUCCAGAAAACAGACGCAGAAUCGUCGUCGUCUUCGUAAUCCAUCUUUGCAUUCCGUCGGAAUCUUUUGAUUUCAUAAAUCGGAAUAUCUGUUUUUCUUUGUCCGGCCAAGAAUCAUUUUUCCCGGAAGCUAAUUGUUGAUUUCCCUGGAUUCUUCAAAUUUUAUUUAAUCUGUUCUUUGUUGAAAAGUGGAUUCUUGAGUUUCGAUUGAAAAAAUGGAUUCCGAUUCCUGGAGUGAUCGUCUCGCAUCAGCUUCAAGAAGAUACCAGCUGGAUUUCUUGUCGCGAUCUGACAAUUUCUUGGGGUUAGAGGAGAUAGAAGGAGAUGAUGAUUUCAGGGAGGAGUAUGCUUGCCCGUUCUGCGUAGACUAUUUUGAUAUUGUGGCUCUAUGUUGUCACAUAGGCGAAGAUCAUCCUGCGGACGCAAAUAAUGGGGUAUGUCCUGUUUGUGCGGUGAGAGUGAGCUCUGAUAUGGUUGCUCAUAUCACCCUUCAACAUGCAAAUAUGUUCAAGGUGACGCGGAAAAGGAAAUCAAGAAGAAGCGGUGGGGCUCAAUCCAUGCUAUCGAUCUUGAAGAGAGAGUUUCCUGAUGGAAAUUUUCAGAGCUUAUUUGAAGGAUCUUCACGUGUUGUAUCUUCUUCUUCGUCCAGUAUAGCUGCUGACCCUUUGCUGUCUUCAUUCAUUUCGCCAAUGGCCGAUGACUUUUUCAUUUCCGAGUCAAGUCUAUGUGCAGAAACAGGUUCUGCCAAGAAAACAUAUAAUCAGAGUUUGCCUGAACGAAAUGUUGAAAAGAAGUCACUUUCAGCAGAGGAUCACAGAGAAAAGUUGAAACAGAGCGAGUUCGUUCAAGGGAUUUUGAGCUCUGCGAUUCUUGAUGACGAUUUAUGAAGGAGAAACGUUGUAGCAACUUUCUGACGAUUAUUGAAAUUCAGCAAUUGGGAAAAUGUAACGUAUUUUUUCGGGGUUUGGGUUGAGAGCAGAAUAAUGUUUAAGAGCUUCGUAACGAAGAGGCAAGAGAGACAUGAUAGUAUUAAUGUUAACUUAUGGAACACAUUUUCUCAAAUGAAGACACGAGUUGUCUGUAGACUGUAGGUCGUAAGAAGACAACAGGGAAGAAAAUGUAUGCAUUUGAUCAUAUAUGGCACUGUGUUCUGUUCUUGAGAUUUUCAGUAUAGUUCCAGUUUGCCUCAGUGAAUAUUAGUGUGGUGUCUGUAUUAC